AUGCCGGAGAGAUAUUGGCUACCUCAUCCAGAAAGGGCAUGGAUAGUGUGCACAGAAGGCGCGGAUGGUAAGCUCAAGGAUGAGACUGGCAAGGAAGUCACGUUGCCCAAGGACAAGAAGGUUGAGGACUUGGACGAGGUGGAAAACGACCAAUUGCAGGGAAUUCCUGACAUAAUGCACCUGAAUAUUAUUUGCCAGGGUUCCGUACUGAAAACCGCGCAGGUCAGGUACGACAGGAACGAUAUCUACACCGGUCUGGGCAAGAUCCUCCUUGCAUUGAACCCGUUCCAGCGUUUAGACAUCUACGGCGACGCUGUCCUCAAGAAGUAUCUCGAUCCAAAGUCGGCAGAGCUGGAGCCUCACUGCUACCGACUUGGCCGGGACGCUGUGCAGGCCCUGAAGCUGAGAAAGAAGAAGGGCCAGGCUAUCUUGGUCUCUGGCGAGUCUGGUGCUGGCAAGACGGAGACCGUGAAGUUGAUCCUGAACUUCGUCGGCUCCGCGCUGAGCCCGACGUCUGGGCCAGAGGCCCGCUACUCCAUGGACCGCAGGAAGGGGUCGAGGUACUCGGUGUCGCAGGGUCCUGGCGCGGCGACCACGGGUAGGACGGAUCUGAGCGACCAGAUCAUGCAGACCAACCCCGUGCUGGAGUCGUUCGGGAACGCCAAGACGUGCAGGAACGACAACUCGUCCCGCUUCGGGAAGUGGAUGCAGAUCGCCGUCGACGACAGGCAUGCCAUCAGCGCUUGCUUCAUUGUCGACUACGUGCUUGAGCUGACGCGUGUCUGCGGGCGCUCGGCCACAGAACGCAAUUAUCACAUCUUCUACCAGCUGGUAGAGCACAGAGAGAAGGAACUAAUGAAGCCUCUGAAAAUUCGCCCAGCGAAGGACUACAAAUAUUUGAAGGGGCUGCAUAAGGUUGAGCAGAUCAAUGACGACACAAAUCAGGCCGAGCUUCUGGAGGCCUUCGACACUCUGAAGUUUUCCCCGGAGCUGCAAAUGGACAUCUUCAAAGUGAUGGUGGGCAUCUUGAACCUCGGUAACGUGACGUUCAAGGAGGUCGACGCAGAUUCAUGCACCCUAGAGGAUGAGAGCACGCUAGGUCCCGCGGCUGAUGUACUCGGCGUGGACUCUGAUAAACUGAAGAGCUCGCUGCUGUCGGCGAGGAUGAGCGUCGCUGGCCAGGUUAUUGACAAGCCUUGUACCGUGGCCCAGGCGACCGCGAGGCGGGACGCAGUCACGCGGCUGAUAUACGGCAACACUUUCAAGUGGCUCAUCGAAAAGAUCAACGCCGCCCUCAGUGGAGGCAUGCCUCCAGACCAGGCGCAGCAGCUGGAUUUCCUCGGGAUGCUGGACAUGGCUGGGUUCGAGAGCUUGGAGAAAAACUCUCUCGAGCAGAUGUUCAUCAACCUGUGCAACGAGAAGCUGCAGAGGCACUUCAAUGCCUUCUUCUUCGACAUGGAGCUUGAGCACUACAAAAAUGAGGGCUUGGAUGUGGAUGUGAGUGAUUUCAGCUUCAAGGACAACCAGCCGAUCAUCGACAUGAUCCACGGCAACACCACCAAGCAGCCUAAAGAGCCUGGCAUGGUGGCGGAUCUUUGGCAUACUUGA